CUCGUCAUGUCCGAGGAUCCGACGCCGCCCAUCAACCUCUCCUUGCGAGCGGUGCUGGAGCAGAAGACAGAUGCAGCUAUGCACCACGUCGUGAACAGGCUGGCCACUUUCAAGGACUGGCCGUUCAGCAGCGACAGCCCGUGCUCUCCGGCGCGAAUGGCCGACGCCGGUUUUUAUCAUUGCCCCACAGAGAACGAGCCGGACCUUGCUCGUUGCUACGUCUGCCUCAAGGAAAUGAGGGACUGGAAGCCCCACGACGACCCCUUCGGGGAGCACGCUCGGUCCACCGAGUGCGAGUUUCUUCGGUUGGGCAAAAAGCCGCAGGAUCUGACGGCGCUGGACUUUCUUCAACUGGAGAAAGCUCGCACGAAGAACAAGGUGCGGAAAUUCGUGGCGGUUCGCGAGGCGGAGAAGGCACUGAACGAGUCGCGCUAAGCCAAGCCACGGUCCUCGGUCACG